AUGAGUGAAGAAAGCAAUCCGGAGUUACUUGACUUCGCAGAACUAUCCAAAGAUGCAAAAUUUACAGCUACGAUGUCAGAAUUUCACGAACAUGUAGACAAAAUUGGAAAUUUCAUUCAAGCCGCGUGUAGCAGUUCUGUUUAUGACGAACUUUCUCUUGAAGACAAAGUGAAAUAUGAUUUAUUUAUGACAUACUCUAUGAAUUCUCUCUUUUGGUUGUAUUUGAGGACCCAAGGGCUCGAUCCUUUGAAGCACCCAGUAAAGUCCGAAAUUGACCGUGUGAGAACUUACAACACACGAGCAAAGCAAGUGUAUGACCGGAAAUAUGUUAUGAAACACAUCGACAAAGAAGCUGCGGGAAGAUUCAUCAGAAGUGGAUUGUGGGAGCCUAAGGAAAAAUCAAAUGAAAAUGUUAAGGAACCAGGAACAUGA